AUGCUUUCCAAAAUAUUACGUGCCGCAGGGGCUUUACCGCUCCUCCUGGUGGCCGCAUGGAGCUUCCAGACCAUGGACCUCGACAAAAUAGCAGCAACCGCGAUGCCCUCUGCGCUUUCCAAGACAAUCGAGUGGGAUGGGAGAAAGGUCAACAUCAUUGACUUCCACGGCGUUGCCUUCCUCGAUGACCUGUGGCGAGGGGGCACCGCGACGUUUUCCGUCUCUUCCUUUGGGUAUGACAGCAUUGCCGCCUGGCAGGUCUUUACGUUCCUCAUCGACCUGGGCCCAAUAUACGCCAUCUGGAUCCUCGAAUCUACUCGAGGAGCCCACAAAUGGUCGCCUGCAUACAUUCCAACGCUCUUCUCCGUCGCAGCCCAGGUGCUCGGCAUAGGAUCGGUAGCGCCCAUCUUCUAUUUCCUAUGCAUCGUCUUCGGGCCGUCGGCAUCGAGGCUGGCCGCCAGCGCGCCUCAGCGUCGUACCGUCUGGCACCAGAGCAACUUGCUUCUCAUCCCAAUCGUGCUCGUUCUUCACACCGCUGAGAUAUUCGGCAUGUUCUUCGCCCAGAGCUACGAUGCACGUCACUACUGGACCUGGGCAUGGCAACUCUCACCCCUAUGGAUCGGCAUUGCCAACCUUAUCUUGGGCCAAGCCAUCAGGCUUUUCAAGGUGCCAUUCUCACCAUCAGCGGCAUCCAAGCUCAUGCUUGGGGUUCUGGCCGUUGUGUCUGCCUCCGUCUGGAUCUACACAGUUGCAUUCUCCCCUCACAGCAUACCCACACUUUUUUUCCCCGAGGCCGGACCACAGGAUGGGCUCAUUCUGCACAGCAGAAAGGCCCUGCAGGCCGAUGAAGUGGCGGCAUAUGCCAGCACCUUCUUGUGGCUGAUUUACGCUUUUGCCGACCUCUACCUGGCAGGUCUUGUGGGCACCGUCUGGCUUAUUUACGCAGCCUUGCUCCCACUUGUCACAUUGGUCGUGGGCCCAGGUGCCACGUAUGUGCUUGGUUGGUAUGUCAGGGAGAGCAUCCUGAGCUCAGCCAGGCCCAAGGGCAACUAG